AUGUCCUCUUCUGACACCGAGGGUUCUCUGAUCGUCGCUAUCCCCAAUGUGCAACUCGCGCAUCUCUCCGGCGGUGUCUCGACACCCUUAGCGACAGGAACGCUCCAACUCGUCAACGUCAUUGUCGCCUCCCCCGCCUCCGCCUCCGCCUCCGCCUCCGCCGCCACGUCGAGCUCCGUCCUCCUGAUGACGUUGCAGGUCCAGGGUGAGACCGAACCUAUUUUCGAACUCGUGCUUGCUCCUGAAUCACGUAUCCUUAGCGAGGGCCCAUCGUCCUACAUCGUACCCAACUACCAACCCGGUGCUUCCAAGAGCGAACAAGAAAGCUCCGGUUCGAUCAAGGUCACGCUCCCUUCGACGAUCGAUACCGUUUCACGCGAAACGUUCGAACAUGUCUUGUGGGGGAUGACGAGCUUUGCCUCCAGCUCUUCCGCUCCAUCAGGAGGAGCUCACCCUCCCGCGUAUUCACCUUCCAAUUACGGCACUGCCCCUUCGUCACCGACGCUCGGAGCGACGACCAUCACCCCUUCGACGAACGACCUGCGCUCGCAAUUGGUGCUCGUCGAUUCGAACGGCAACCUCGUCGGCACCUUGGCGGACAACGUCUCCCUACACGAAGACGCUUCCCUCGCACAAGAGCAACAAGGAGAGAACGAGAAGGAACCCGUCAUCGUCGAGGCUUCGGCUUUGACUUCGUCAUCCGGUACAAGUUCAGGAGCAACGACGCCGACCUCGGGUGGGGGUCAUCAUUUCGAUUUCUCCGUUCGACCACUUUCGGCCUUCAACCAAACGCCGAACCCGAGCAACUCGACCAUCAUCACCUGGGGUGAUUAUCUCUCCCAUGGCAUCAUCGUAGGAGGUGAUUUGGUCUCACGUACGCUCGAAUACGGCGCCGACACCCUCGUUUCCAGACGCGCGCCGACGAGCAAACCUUUGGUCUUUAGCGAGACGACCAAGAAUCGAAUGGGGCAGACGACCGCGUACAGUGGGCAAGUCGUCAAAGUGUCGAACAAGGCGGCCAAGAUGGUUGGUGAUGCGGCGGCCAGAGUCGGGGAUAGGAUCGGGAAAGCCACGGGGAUUCAGAGUAAGGAUAAACCCCACGCGAACUGAUGGGACCGUUGAGGGCUGAUCACGCUUCCCACCUCAAUUAUAUUCUCACCAGCUCAACCCUCCGGUAAAGCUCCCAAAGGUCUCAAAGGUCUCGUCAACAAAUCCUUGAUCGCCUUCAACACCGUCCUCGACGCGACCGAGACCACCGCCAAGCAACUCCUCGUGAGCGGCGGGCAAUCCUCGACCAAGGUCAUUCACCACACCUUGGGUAACGACGCGGCGCACGUUUCGGCUCAUGUGGGAGCGGGGGCGCAGAACGUUUUCUUGGUUUAUUUGGAUGCGAGAGGCGUAAGUAGGAGGGCGUUGAUGAAAGGAGUUGGCAAGGGGGCGUUGAGGUGCAAGAUGCAGGACGGAAGGGAGGUCGUUUUGACAGAUGAUAAAGGUCAGGCACCGAACGCGGAGCUGGGAAUGUCGCCGUCGCCGCCGACGACUUCGGAGAAAGGGGUUUCGAUUAAGCAAUGA